AUGAUUACUGGCAUCACCGACGGUAAAAUAAUGGUCAGAAGAUGUCUAGUAACGUUCAAACCGUUCAGGAUAUUCGUGGUGGGAAUAGGCUUCUUCAGCCUGUGCUUUCUAAUGACCUCUCUGGGGGGGCAGUUCUCAGCCAAGAGACUGGGGGACUCCCCGUUCACCAUCCGCACAGAAGUGCUGGGAGGUGUGGAGUCACGUGGUGUGCUGCGGAAAAUCAGUGAUAUGCUAGAGGUAAUUCUGAAGAGGAUGGACAGUCUGUCCAAACUCGACAACACCUCCACCACUGACGCACGGCGCCUCGAUGAGCUCAGCUCUGCUAUCAACAAGUUUCAACCGGCUGGCUUGGUGGAGAGGAUACAGGCUAUAGCCCAGAAUGUCUCCAACAUGGCAAUCAGGGUGGAGCAGAUACUGCAAAACAGCAUGGUGCAAGGAAAAGCAGUGAGAGAUGGGACAUCAAGCCAGUGUGAAGUACCCAGAGACCCCCGCUUUCCAGAGUGUCCUGGAAAAGUAGAUUGGAUGCGUGCACGCUGGACAUCGGACCCUUGCUAUGCCUUCUACGGUGUUGACGGUUCAGACUGCUCCUUCCUCAUCUACUUGAGUGAGGUGGAAUGGUUCUGCCCCCCACUGACCUGGAGGAACCACAGCAGCCCCCCAACUCAGCAUGUCCAACAGCCAAAGGCCCCCAAGAGGCAGGCUGCGUUCCGCACAGACCUCUCUGUACUGCUGGACCAGGUUGGGACAGGCAAGGAGUCCCUCAGCUUCAUGAAGCGCAGAAUCCACCGCCUUGCACAGCAGUGGGCAACAGCUGCCAAUCGCCUGGAUACCAAGCUGGGGCAACGAUGGAGGGACCAGAAGAAGAUUCUGGUCCACGUAGGCUUCCUAACCGAGGAGUCUGGAGAUGUUUUCAGCCCCAAAGUGUUGAAGGGGGGUCCUCUGGGAGAGAUGGUCCAGUGGGCUGACAUCCUCACUGCACUCCAUGUUCUGGGACACAACCUCAAGAUCUCUAUGUCUGUGAAGGAACUGCAAGGCUUCCUCGGUGUGCCCCCAGGCAGAGGCAGUUGCCCACUAAUUGGUCCACUACCUUUUGACCUCAUCUACACUGACUACCAUGGCCUGCAGCAGAUGAAGCAACACAUGGGGCUUUCACUCAAGAAACACAAAUGUCAUAUCCGGGUGAUUGACACAUUCGGUACAGAGCCAGCUUACAAUCAUGAGGAGUAUGCAACGCUGCACGGUUACCGGACCAACUGGGGCUACUGGAACCUCAACGCCAGGCAGUACAUGACCAUGUUCCCUCACACACCAGACAACUCAUUCAUGGGCUUUGUUUCGGAAGAGCUGAACGAGACAGAGAAGAGGAGCAUUCAGCAGAGCAAGGUCAACAACAUGGCUGUUGUGUACGGGAAAGAGGCCAGUAUGUGGAAGGGUAAGGAAGGUUUCCUGCAGAUUCUUCACAGGUACAUGGAGGUCCACGGCACAGUGUACUAUGAGACUCAGAGACCUCCAGAGGUCCCAGCCUUUGUGAAGAACCACGGCCUGCUGCCCCAGCAUGAGCUGCAGCAACUGCUGCGCAAGGCAAAGCUCUUCAUUGGCUUUGGUUUCCCAUAUGAAGGCCCGGCCCCUCUUGAAGCAAUAGCAAAUGGAUGCAUCUUCCUACAGCCCAAGUUUCAACCCCCUCACAGCUCGCUCAAUCAUGAGUUUUUCAGAGGCAAGCCCACUUCUAGAGAGGUGUCCUCCCAGCACCCAUAUGCAGAGCAGUACAUCGGCAGACCUCACGUCAUGACAGUUGACUACAACAACUCCCUGGAGUUUGACUCUGCCAUCAGGGAAAUAAUGAGAUCCAAGGUUGAGCCAUAUCUGCCUUACGAGUACACCUGUGAGGGGAUGCUGGAGAGAGUACAUGCCUACAUACAGAAUCAGAACUUCUGUACCCCAGAGCCUCCCUUCAUCCCAGCCAACCUCUCCAGACAGGGGUCUGCUGGUGGCAGCAGGAUUACAGGACCUCUAUUUGUGGCCCUGCCCAAUUCCACAACCUUAGGCUGGGCAUCCAAUGUGACGGCUCCACCUGCAUGGCCUCCCCUCAGCUCUCUCAGGCUGCUUGUUUCUCAAGAGGGACAGUCCUGUGUGGAUGCGUGCCAGUCAGCUGGUUUAAUCUGUGAACCUGCUCACUUUCUCUUCAUCAACAACAAAGAAGCACUGCGAGGGUUGCAGGUGCAGUGUGAGGUAGUAGACUCUGAGAUCAACCAUAUCCUUCCAGCCUUCUCCGUGGUGCGACGGGAGUGUGGCCUCCAACGGGAACCCCUUCUCUUCAGCUGUGCAGGUCACUCCCCCAAAUACAGACGUCUUUGCCCCUGCAGGGACUUCCGCCGCGGACAGGUGGCACUGUGCAGAGACUGUCUAUAA